UAUGACUCUUCGCAUAUGGAUAUACGAUACAAUUUAACGUUAAUUUUUACUAUAAAAACGACGUUUGAUUCGUUGGUCUUCUUUGUUUCUUUGAAUCCGUAAAGGUGUGAGCACUGUUUCGUGUUUUUUUGGGAAAAAGUUCAAACAAGAUGAAAUUCUUGAUCGUUUUUGCCGUUGUCAUUGCUGUUGCAUUUGCUGCUCCAGCACCGCAAUUCGGCGGAUUUGGCGGAAGUGCAUCGAAUGCUUUCUCUAACUCUCAAUCAUUCGGCGGAGGCUUCGGAGGAGGCGGUUUCGGAGGUUCAGCUGCUAAUGCAGGAGCUUCAAGUCAAUCGUUCAACCAAGGAGGAUUAGGCGGCGGUUUUGGAGGAUCUGCUUCGAAUGCAUUCGCCGGAUCUCAAUCCUUCGGAGGCGGCGGUCUUGGCGGAGGAUUCGGAGGUUCAGCUGCUAAUGCAGGAGCUUCAAGCCAAUCUUUUAACGCUGGAUUUGGUCGUUAAGAUGCUUUCUUUUCGAAAAUUAUCUCUUGACCAUGCUUAGAUUAACGUAUUAACAUCUUUACGAAACUUCAAUUGGACCUCAAUACUCAGAUAUAAUGCUCAGAAUUAUUUUGUAAAUUAGCUGUUAAGAUUCAA